AUGAAUAUCCAGCAAAGAGAAAUAUACUUUAAAAAGACUGAUCCGUCACAGUGGUCCCUUAUCGGUUUCCUGAAAUGGAGGGCACAAUUUCCUGAUUUCUCAGUCGCGUCAAUCGAACAUAGCGCGUGGAAAAAGUUUCUUGAGGACAUCGCUAAGAAUGUCAAAGAUUCUGCGUCACAAAGGGCUAAAGAAUUGGUACUCACGUUUAAGUGCCAUUGUCAGGCCAUGAGCUCACAUAAAGCUCCUGGCAGGAUGCCUCGGUCUAUUGCUGGACACAUUUGGAUGAACGACAAAAAAUCAAAGGUGGUACAGGAAUUUUGGAAAGAACACGAAACUUUAGAAACUGUAAUGAAGGAGACCCGAUUGCAAAUUGCAAUUUCUGACUUCAAAUAUGUCGUCAAAAAAUCUGAAGAAGCGACCAUUCAUUCUGAUAUUAUUGGAAAAAGACGGUCCCGGAUUUUGGAAAAUGAAAUAAAGGAACCAUCACCAGAAAUAUAUGGAUCCUCUGAAAGUCCUGCCAUAAGUGAACUAAAUGAAACAGCCGAUGAAAAAGAUAAGGAUUCCUUCUCUGUAAUCGAUGACAAUGAUGAUUCAGAAUACACACCAAGCGAUUUUGAAGAUCAGAAUCCUCCACCACCGUUAAUGCCAUCACAGCUCAAAGAUUUUCAUAAAUACUUCACAAAUAUGAAUGAAGAUCAUAAAUGGAUUCUCACAUCUGGAAAGUGUGUUGAAGAUACUCUUUUCGAACACUGUAAGGAACUGCCAAAUGAAUCACUCUUACAUUCAUGGAUUAUUGAUCUUGAUGACCAAGAGGCGGAAGAACUAUUUACCACAGAGGAGUGGAAUGAAAUACGACACGAAGUUCAAUUACCCGAAGUGGAUGAAACGUUCGUAAAGUCUAUGAUGCGAUUUGCUGAUGUCAAAACAACGCGUGAAUUAAGGCAGGUCUUGGCAACAACAUCUUUUUUAAGAAAAGUAGAUUCUUACAGUCGAGAGAAUCAUUUCGAUGCUGAAUGGGCAGAUAUUUCUACGUAUUACGAAGAUCCUAAUGAACCAUUAAAAAGGUUACAUCUCGAGUCUUGGUAUGAUAUCAAUGUGUGGUCGCAUAUUGUUGAUCACGGUCUUUCCGAUAUAUUUGGAAUGGAAAUAGUAAGAAAAGAAUCAUCGAGUGAAGCAGUGUCUGUAAGAAAAAAUCGAAAGAGAGCGCACAAACGUUACAAGAAGGUUCCACGUAAGAAGAUGGGGUAUAAGAUGGAUGGAAUAUUUCGAACCUAUAUAAAUAAUAUUGAGUACGGAGCAAUCGAAGUAGCCAAAAAAUAUGACCAAACCAAAUUGCUGGCCGAUGGAUUUAAACUCAGCAAAGGCAUGCAUGAUAUUUUUGUAUGUUUAUGCAGAAAGGUUGAUAAUCAGGAAACCAUGAUAAGGAAGUUACAUAUCCCGGGCAUACUUCACUUGGGUCUUAAAUCGCAAAUUUUACAAAUGAGUAGCCCUAAAGGAUAUGUAGCAAUACUAAAACGGGAUAAACUUCUUGAGGUAUUGACUAGUGUUUGGAAAGUGAAGAAAACGAUCACAGAUACUAUGAAGAUAGUGCUCACUCCUCAAGAAGCAUAUGAAUUCUACAGAGAAUUGAUAGGUCAAAAGUCUCCAACGGAUGAAAUAGAUAUACCGUGGUCUCUUGAUUCUAUUGUGUAG